GUGCUGUGGGGCAGCCACAGGCCCUGGGGCCCAGCAUGUGGGGUUGCUUGUCUGAGGGAGCUGCGGAGCCGCCAGACUGCUGGAGGUUGCUGUAUCUUUGUCUCUGUGCACUGUGCUUGCUGCUCUCUCCACUCAUGUGGUGGUUUUUUCCCUUCCCUGGAGGCUCUGGCAGCCUUCCCUACUGCAAACAGUGAUUUGGGCCCUGGCAGGAUCUGGGAGCCAGAGCUCCAAUCAGGCUUCCAGCGGAUGCUGGUGCUGCGGGUGCCUCGGCAGGGCAGCUGGGCCCACCCCUGGCAUGGCUUGGUGGCUGAGUGGGAGCUGCAGUGGGCCUGAAUCGUGGCACUGUCUACGCUGCAGCCUGCGGCCGGGACUCUGGCAGCUGCCAGGAGCUGCUCUCCUCCCUUGGCAGCGCCGCAGGCUCCCAGUGUGCUGUGGCCGCUGCUUGGCAGAUGGAGAUGUGGCUCCGCUGGGCAUUGCCGCCUCUUGCCUUUCCCGCUGUCUCUGAAACACGACCAGAUGUUUCAGGGUCCUUGUGGAGCUCCCCGCGUGGGGCUCACGCUGGCACCUCCUUUGUGCUGCAUAAGUCGCUCUCUGUGCUGCUUCCCAGUUGUCUUCUCAGUUUCUUGGGCUUGUGCUCGGAUGCAGUGCGAGCUGUCCUCAGGCGUCACUGAGUGCAGGUCCCUGGGCGUGGACAGGAGGUGACGGUGUGCCCUUUUCCUGAUGCCUGUGCCCAUUUCCUUUUGGUUGUGAAGAUGAGUCACACCGCUGUCACCAUGUCAGGCAGAGCGGAGCUGCUGGUGCUGACAGGCGCAUAGCGCUUGGCACUGCCACCAGGCACUGCCUGCUCGGGCACAGACUGUGGAGCUGCUAGACCUGGGGUUCUGCUCACCAGUGAGCAGGGGCUCUCCCUGCCUUCCCUCCAGCUUGUCCCUCAUCAGCUGGGGUUCUUGGCACCGUGUCUAGGGGCAUCUCCUCUGGUCUCCCAUUGGUCUGUGAGAGGCAGGUUUCCCAGCCUGGUUGCUCCCAGCUCCGUGCCCGGAUAAGCCCAUCUUGGUGAAAGAAGGGGUCCUGUCCACUGCAGACUGUGGCAAUGGGAAGCAUGGCUUCCCUUGGCUGGCCUCUCCCCUCCUUCUGUGCCCUUCUCCCUUCCCGGUUCAUCUCUCGUGUUUGUAAGCACGGAGCAUAAGUACACAUUGGGCAAUCGGAAAGGUAAACAGCGGCUCGGUGCCGGGCAGGCGUGCUGGCACGCCCUGUGGAGCCAGCGGCCACCGCGGCUUCUCGGGCCCCACUCCUAUGUGACUGUCUGUGAGCAGCAGAUUGUGCUGCUGUCCUGGACAGGCUGUUCCUGCUGCUGCCUCUCGUCCAGCUAUCACAGGAUCGUCCUCAUGCUCUCUUGGGCUGUGCGGGUGCCAGCGGGGCAGAGAGGCUGGUGCACCUCAGGGUGCUGACACAGGGAGGCCGCUGGACCCGCCACUGCCGGGACCCUCCUGCUCCCCAGCCAGAGGAACCCCGAUACUCUGAUGGAUCUGAGGCCCUGCUCACUGCUCGUGGUCUGGACUCUGGCAGUUGCCCUCACGCUCCUAGCCCAGGAGGUGCUGGCCCAGCGUAUUUACACCAACACCUGGGCCGUGCUUGUCCCUGCAGGGCCCCAGGAGGCUGACAGGCUGGCUAGAAAGCAUGGAUUCCUCAACCUGGGCCCGAUCUUCGGUGACUAUUAUCACUUUCGGCACAGUCGUGUGGUGAAGCGUUCCCUCUCGCCUCACCAGCCCUGGCACAGCCGUUUGGCCAGGGAGCCGCAGGUGCAGUGGCUGGAGCAGCAGGUGGCAAAGCGCAGGACCAAGAGAGACGUUUUCAUGGAGCCCACGGAUCCCAAGUUCCCGCAGCAGUGGUACCUGUACAACACGAACCAGCGGGACCUGAAUGUGCGUCAGGCCUGGGAGCAGGGCUACACGGGCAAGGGCAUUGUAGUUUCCAUCCUGGAUGAUGGCAUUGAGAAGAACCACCCGGACCUGGAGGGCAACUAUGAUCCAGGGGCGAGCUUUGAUGUCAACGACCAGGACCCAGAUCCGCAGCCCCGCUACACGCAGAUGAAUGACAACAGACAUGGCACGCGCUGCGCUGGGGAAGUUGCUGCUGUGGCAAACAACGGUAUCUGUGGUGUCGGUGUGGCUUACAAUGCCAGGAUCGGAGGUGUUCGCAUGCUGGAUGGGGAGGUGACUGAUGCUGUGGAGGCCCAUUCCCUGGGCCUCAAUCCCAACCACAUCCACAUCUACAGUGCCAGCUGGGGCCCCGAGGAUGACGGCAAGACUGUGGAUGGCCCAGCCCGGCUGGCAGAGGAGGCUUUCUUCCGAGGGGUCAGCCAGGGCCGAGGGGGGCUGGGCUCCAUCUUCGUCUGGGCGUCUGGGAACGGGGGCCGCGACCACGACAGCUGCAACUGUGACGGUUACACCAACAGCAUCUACACGCUGUCCAUCAGCAGCACCACGCAGUAUGGCAACGUGCCCUGGUACAGCGAGGCCUGCUCCUCCACCCUUGCCACCACCUACAGCAGCGGCAACCAGAACGAGAAGCAGAUCGUGACAACUGACCUCAGACAGAAAUGCACUGAAUCGCAUACAGGGACAUCAGCCUCAGCACCGCUGGCCGCUGGCAUCAUCGCCCUUGCCCUGGAAGCCAACAAGAAUCUGACGUGGCGGGACAUGCAGCACCUGGUGGUACAGACAUCAAAGCCAGCUCACCUCAAUGCCAACGACUGGGUCACCAAUGGCGUUGGCCGCAAAGUCAGCCACUCUUACGGCUAUGGCCUGCUGGAUGCUGGGGCCAUGGUGAGCCUGGCCAAGAACUGGACCACAGUGGGACCUCAGAGGAAGUGCGUCAUUGACGUCCUCACAGAGCCAAAGGACAUUGGGAAGCGCCUGGAGGUGCGGCGGAAGAUGGACGCUUGCCUGGGGAAAGCCAACUACAUCAGCCGUCUGGAGCACGUGCAGGCCAGGCUGACGCUGUCCUACAACCGGCGGGGGGACUUGGCCAUCCACCUGGUCAGCCCCAUGGGCACCCGCUCCACCCUACUGGCUGCCAGGCCUCACGACUUCUCAGCAGAUGGCUUCAAUGACUGGGCCUUCAUGACAACACACUCGUGGGACGAGGAUCCCUCUGGGGAAUGGGUGCUGGAGAUAGAGAACACCAGCGAUGCCAACAACUAUGGCACGCUGACCAAGUUCACGCUUGUGCUGUACGGGACGGCCACCGACUCCCCCAGCCUUUCCAACCAGCUGGAGAGCAGUGGCUGCAAGACCCUGACCCCUAGCCAGGCCUGUGUGGUGUGUGAGGAGGGAUACUACCUGCACCAGAAGAGCUGCUUGAAGCGCUGCCCUCCCGGCUUUGCACCUGGCAUCCAGACCUCGCAGGACACCAUGGAGAACAGCGUGGAGCCUGUCGUGCCCCACCUCUGCCUGCCCUGCCACCCCUCCUGCACCACAUGCGUGGGGCCUGGCCCCAACCAGUGCCUGACAUGCCCCGCGCACUCCCACUUCAGCAACCUGGACCUUUCCUGCUCCCACCAGACACAGAGCAGCCGUGCAUCCCCUGCACUGGCUGAUGGCAACGGGAUGGCUGAGUCCCGCCCUCCAACCAACCUGCCCAUCCUCAUCGCCAGCCUCAGCUGUGUCCUCAUCAUCAUCAUCUUCGUCACUGUCUUCCUGGUGCUGCAGGUGCGAUCAGGCUUCAGCCUGCGCGGUGUGAAGGUCUAUGCCUUGGACAGCGGGAUCAUCUCCUACAAGGGGCUCCCCUCCGACAUCUGGCAGGAGGAGGGCCCCUCUGAGUCGGACGGUGAGGAUUACGAGGCCCACAGUGAGAGGACUGCCUUCAUCAGAGACCAAAGUGCCCUUUGAUGAGCCCUCCUGCCCCUCCCUCCUCCCUGCCCAAUACGAUGGGGCUGGGGCAGGUGAGGCCGAGGGGCCCCGGACUCUGCCUCCAUCCCCCUUCUACACUGCAGCAGCCUGGGGCUCUCCACCCGCUGGCACCGUCCUUUGGCCCCGGCUUGGGCUGGCGGGCGCUGUCCCCAGCUUGGCACCAUUCAAGUCUUGCACCAUCUCUCUUGGCCCUGCGUCCAUCCUGUGACCCAUGCCACGAUGUUUGGUGGCGGUGCACCCCCAGCACUCUGUCCCCUGCCCCAGGCCCGUGGCCACUGCUGGGGUCAAUUGAGUCCCUUCAGGGUGGACAGCACAUGGGUCCCUGGCAGUUGUCACUCGGGCUGGGCAGGGGAGGCUGGCUUUGUCCUGAUCCAAGCUGUGUUCUGUCCCACCAGGGCUGAGCCUAGCCUGCGUCACAGCGUCCCCCUGCCACCCUAGGCACCCACGGGGCCUCUGCCUGUGCCCUGGCUCAGCCCUCUGUAUCUCAGCUCCUGCCUCCAAGGGCCUGUCCGCGUCCACCCAUGCCCCUCAACAGCAAUAAUGGCCAGGCCUCAGCCUCUGCUGCCCGCUCGCUGGCUGCCUGCGCAUCCCGCAGCAGCUGUACCUGCCUACAGUGCGGCCAGGAGCCCCCAGGCACCAGAGACCGUGGGGCAGGGCAGCACCUUCCCCUGUGCCCGGGGCUCAGUCCCCUGGUGUGGGCAGGGACCCCUCGGGGCCCCUUGUGUUUUGCACCAGGGCAGGGCUGUGUGCUGCUGGCCAGGGCAGUUGGGCGGCACUAGUGCCAGCACUGCCCCAGCCCCUGCCUGUUCCCUGCCUGUUCCCUGCCUGUGCUGGGCAGCGCCCAGCAUUGUCCUGCAGCCCCCGUGCGCCCCUGCCCCCUGAUGUGCCUUGCCCCCACUUGGUGACAAUCCGUUCUGCUCCCGGCUGGAGCCCCCUCUGGGCACCGCCUGCCCUCACUGCCCCUUCCCCACGGGUGAGGGCCAGUGCCGCGACCCCUUCGCCGUCCACCACCGCACACCGGGAAUGCGGCACGGGCUCCCACCUGCCCCGUGCCAGCGCCAGCCCUGCCCCGCCACGGACGGAGCCGCCGGCUGGGGGCCACAGGACUAUUUUUCUAUAAUAACUUUUUGGUGCACAGUAAUUUUUUUCUUGUAAUUUAAUCAGCCAGGAGCUGCCUCCUGAGCCUGUUUUUAAUUUAAUGGAUGUGGAUAUAACGCUAGAGAGACUGAGUUAUUAAAUGUUCAGAACU